GUUAAUGGCAUGUACAGUUUAAGUUUUUCUUUUGUGAGUCUUGUGUUAAGAGCAAACUUGUGCCACAUUAUGGCAGUGUUCUAGUUUUCUGAGAUUUAAUAGGCAAGUGCAUCAUAAAGCACCUGUCAAUCAUAUUAGUGUAAAAGCAAAUGCAGUGCACGCACUGACCUAAUUAUGCCGCAUUUCUCAUGUGGCGGUCCACUAGAGGGGACGAGCACAGAGGGUGGGCUGAUUCACUGCGAACAAACACAGUAACAUUGAUCCGAUUGCCAAAAAGGAAAAGUUUCUUUUGACAUGUAGGUCAUUGGAGUUUCUUGGAUUAUUUGAGCGCUGUGUAACUGAAUGUCAGUUCAGUGGUAGAUGAAUUAAAAUGCAGUGGGCUCUGGAGACGGUGCAUGUGUGCAGUGGAUGGACAUAGUGCUCGGGGUGAGUCACUCUCUUCUGGCUCGACAUGAAGAGAUUCGUCAGUGUGUCGCAGCUAGCCGCGGUUCUGCUCUACAUUCCUCUCGUACAGGUUUUUACCAUUCUGGGCAAUUCCCAUUCAAGAGUGAUGCUGUUCCCCGAGGCGUGGGGCCGCAGUCAGUGUUGUUCUCUGGAGCGGAUGGUGGAGGUGGAGCAGGAGUAUCCCGGAGGAGUGGAGCACAUCUACAGUCCCGGCUGCGUGCCGCUGCUGCGCUGCUCCGGAUGCGGCAACGACGACAAACUGUCCUGUUUCCCCGUCAGCACACGCAACAUCAGCAUCCAGCUGCUGAGGAUGACUCCGGCGGAGAGGCAGGGGGAGUACGUGCUGCUGUCCUUCCAGGAGCACCAGAGCUGUGAGUGCAGGCCCAGGACGACUUCAGGCCCGGAGACAGCAGUAGGGUACCGACGGACUGCCUUGAUGUUGUUGUGUGGGAAGGAUCUGACGCUCUUCUCCGCAGGAGGCGGAAGGGGCAAGCGCAGGAAGGAGGACGGAACGGGGGAUGAGACAACUGAUGGGGGUCAGGGAAUGGAGUGA